AUUGUCGCUUGUGUUGUGUUACGGUGGCUAGUAGUUGUGUUGUCGCUGGCUGCGUUUAGCGUCUGUCAACGCUUGCUGCGUGUCGUGUUUAUAUUCGCGGAGUUUGUUGUGUCUUUGUAGGUUGGACUAACUGCUGGAGUGACAUCAUGCCUGAACGAGGGGAAGGUGGCGAGUCGUACUCGAACCCGAUAGCCCCGCCGGGCUUAAACGUGCCCUCAACUGAAAGCCAUCAUCCGAUGACCAACGAUGACUUCCGAAAACUUAUUAUGACACCUCGAGCCGCACCUCAGGCGACACCGACUCCUGCAAAAGAAGAAACAUAUCGAAAACCCACAGCUGAAGAUGAUGACAAAGGCGACCAAAGGCGCAAGAAGAAGAUGUUUUAUGCAUCACUCAAGAAACAGGAAGAGGACAAGUUGGCUGAGCUGGCAGAAAAAUACAGAGACAGAGCUCGUGAGAGAAGGGAAGGCGUCAACCCAGACUACCAAAAUGAGGACCCCAUUUCAUCGACUGCAGGCUACAGAGCUGUUGCCCCUGAUGCAAAAUCGGGUUUGGAUGCUGCUGAGCGUCGUCGUCAGAUGAUCCAGGAAUCCAAGUUCUUGGGUGGUGACAUGGAGCACACUCACUUGGUGAAAGGUCUCGACUAUGCUCUUCUGCAAAAGGUACGCAGUGAAAUCUCCAACAAGGAAAAAGAGGAUGAGGAGUUGGAGCAGACACUGACACGACACAGCAAGGAUGAACCACAGGAGGAGGAAAUGGAGUUCAAGACGGUGAUGGGACGCAACAUCUAUCGACAGAUUUUCCGGCCACGAGCAGUGGAACGCAACGACCUGUUCUUGCCCAACCGGAUGGCAUAUGUCAUUGAGUUGGAUGACGAGUAUGCUGACAGUGACAUUCCCACAACGCUCAUCCGCAGCAAGAAGGAUUGCCCAAACCUGGAGAGCCACACCACCCUCACGACCAAUGACAUUGUGAUCAACAAGCUUACUCAGAUCCUAUCAUACCUGCGCCAAGGAAUGCACAAUCGCAAAGGCAAAAAGAAGGGCAAGGUGACUGACAAGCCAACAGGCCCUAGCAAGGUGGCACCGGAUGAUGCCAUCUUUGAAGAUGCGGGCGAUUAUGUCCCUGAGGCCAGCACAGAGGGCAAGCAUGGCAGCAGGCGGGAGGGUGAGCGUGACCGAGACCGCAAGCGGUCAUCCUACUUUGAGAAGCCCAGCCUAGAAGAUGAGCGAGCUGCGACACGCAGCAGUGGAGGUAGCGGCAGCGGACAUCGCAGUCACGACACACGUUGGUCCAGUGCUGCCGAUGCAGCUGCAGCAGCUCAGCAGCGCGAGGACAGUGGCCGCCUCAAGGCCAAGUUGACCAGCAAGCUGGAACGAGAUUUGCCUGAGAGCUACGCAGAGUGCUACCCUGGUGCCCCUGAAAAUGAAGAUGCUGUCGCAGACAGUGAUGAUGAAGUGGACUACACAAAGAUGGACCUUGGCAACAAGAAGGGUCCCAUUGGGCGAUGGGAUUUCGACACACAAGAGGAGUACAGCGAGUACAUGAGCCACAAGGAGGCCUUACCCAAGGCGGCCUUUCAGUAUGGUGUCAAGAUGGCAGAUGGCCGUAAGACACGUCGUGCUGCUGGGAAAAAGGAUGACAAGGCCAAGUUAGACCGAGAGCUGCAGAAGAUUAAUCAGAUUAUUGCUCGUCGAAAGGCUGAAGGAGACAGUUUUGUGGGCCUUGCCACACCAGAAUACAAAAGACAAAAAUUCUAGAAUUUGGCUACAUCUCUGCAUAAAACAAAAAUAUCAAUGUUGUCCUGUGAACCUUCCUGUUGAGAAUAAAGU